AUGGAAGAAGGAGAACUACCUUGGCUUUUGGUAAAUGAAGUUGGUGGCAUACGUGGGAUAUUGCAUAGCCAUGUGCCAUUCCUGAAGAAACAUUUCCACCUCAUCACCAUGAAGGAAUUUCUUGAAAACAGAAAGGAUGUAGGCAAAAAGGUCCAAGCAAUCUAUUUGUGGUGGCACAAACCGGUCAUUGACAAAGAGCUCCUCCAGAGCCUGCCAAACUUAAAAGUGAUUGCGAAUUCGGGGGUGGGGAUGGAUCACUUGGAUCUGAAGCUUAUAGCUAGCUUUGGUGUGAAGAUGGCUAAUGCUCCACAUGCUGUUUCCAGCAGCACAGCAGAUACUGGGAUGGCUUUGCUGCUAGCAUCUGCUAGAAGACUCGUGGAAGUCCAUAACAUUUCAAUUUCUCCAAGUAUGGACUACUGUGAAGCUGAUAUUCUGGGAGUUAAAGUUGCUGGAGCUACUCUGGGGAUCAUUGGCAUGGGCCGCAUUGGGUAUAAGAUUGCUGUGAGAGCCAAAGCAUUUGAAAUGAACGUUUUGUACCACAACAGGACACGGAGGAAAGUGCAAGAGGAGCAAGCUGUCGGUGCCACUUACUGCAAAAAGAUAGACAGUUUACUCCAGCAGGCGGAUUUUGUGAUGCUGGUGGUGAGCCUGACACCUCAGACACACAAGCUGAUUGGGAAAAGAGAGCUGGAGCUGAUGAAACCCACAGCUACCCUCAUUAACAUCAGCCGAGGUGCAGUAGUUGACCAAGAGGCGCUGGUGGCAGCUCUGCAGACCGGUGUUAUCAGGGCCGCGGCUUUGGAUGUCACCUCCCCAGAGCCACUGCCCAGAGAUCAUGCAUUGUUAAAAUUAAAGAACGUCAUUAUAACACCUCACCUCGGCAUUAAAACAGACAAGGCCACCUACAUGAUAACAGAGGAAGCAGUUGAAAACAUACUAGCAGCCCUGAAUGGUCUCCCCCUACCCAGUGAAGUGCUCCCUAGCUGAUAUGUGAAAGGAUAUUGCAUAUCUUUUUAUUCUUCUCUUUGUCUUUUUAUUCUUAUCUUUCCCCUUCACAUCAGCUCUAAAGAUCUUGUUAAAUACAAAUGUUCAUACACCACACUAAAGCUUGGAAGGAA